AUGUAUGUAAAAAGUGAUUACUCGAUGCAACUGAACGCGUCGAGGAUCAAAGUUUUACAAGCACAAGAUGACAUUGUCAAUGCAAUGAAAGAAGAAGCAGCAAAAGAGCUUUUGAAAGUUAGUCACCAUGGCUUUUUCAAUCAUCAUAACCAUGAGUAUAAACAUCUCUUGAAACAUCUCAUUGUUCAGUGUUUGCUUAGAUUGAAAGAGCCUUCAGUGUUAUUGCGUUGUCGUAAAGAAGAUCUUCACAUGGUUGAGUCUAUGCUUGAUGAUGCGAGUGAAGAAUAUUGCGAGAAAGCAAAAGUUCAUGCUCCUGAGAUAAUAGUAGACAAGCAUGUUUUCCUUCCUCCUGCUCCUUCCGACGAUGAUCCUCAUGCUCUUUUCUGUGCAGGAGGAGUGGUGCUGGCUUCUCGUGACGGGAAAAUCGUGUGUGAAAACACGCUCGAUGCGAGGUUGGAGGUCGCUUUUCGCAAGAAGCUUCCCGAGAUCCGAAAGUCGCUCUUUGGCAAGAUUGGUGCAGCUUGA